AAACGAGUUUUAAUGACUCCAACAUAAGUGUAUAUAAACUUCCGACUUCAACUGUAUAUGCUAUAGUUAUUUGUUUCACACUGCAGAAAGAGACCAUUGCAGGUUUACCUCUGUGAUAGGCAGACAUACAGUGCCUUCAUAAAGUAUUCACACCCCUUGACUUUUCCUCAUUUUGUUGUGUUACAGACAGAAUUUAAAAUUGAUUACAUGGAGAUGUUGUGUCACUGGCCUACACGCGAUACCCUAUAAUGUCAACGUGGAGAGGAGCAGUCCAUCGCAGAGCGGGCCCUGUGAUCAAAUCCAGCUCAACUCUCCACCACCCUAUUGAGGGUAAACUGGAACACUGCCUGACAAACACUCCCCAGAGAUUCCUGAGCUCCAUCCUGCUUUUCAGGUGAUAAACCCCUGCCUUUGAGAUUCCUCUACCCUUCAAUAAUGGAGGACGGCUAUCAGAACAAGACAGCCUUUAUAAAGGGUGCCAAAGACAUUGCCAAGGAGGUUAAGCGCCAGGCGGCCAAGAAAGUGGGCCGCGGUGUGGACAAGAUGACCGACGAGUACAGCAAACGCUCAUACGCCCGCUUUGAGGAAGACGACGACGAUGACUACCCUGGAGUGCCUGGGGGGCAGGACAGUGGCUACUACCGGGGCGACAGCCAGGCAGCCAAUGACGAUGAAGGUGGCCACAGCGACUCCACAGAGGGCCACGACGAAGACGACGAGAUCUACGAGGGCGAGUACCAGGGCAUUCCCCGCGCCGACUCGAGCAAGGCUGCCGACAGCCUAGCAGGGGGAGAUGGGCAGCAGUUCAGGGACAUGGCACAGUUUGAGGGGGAAAGGCGGAAGGAUCAAGAAGAGCUAGCCCAGCAGUACGAGACCAUCCUGCAGGAGUGCGGCCAUGGAAAGUUCCAGUGGACCCUCUACUUUGUGCUGGGGCUGGCCCUCAUGGCGGACGGUGUAGAGAUUUUUGUGGUGGGCUUUGUGCUCCCCAGCGCCGAGAAAGAUAUGUGUCUGUCAGAGGAAAGCAAGGGCAUGUUGGGUCUGAUUGUUUAUCUGGGAAUGAUGGUCGGUGCAUUCGUGUGGGGUGGGCUCGCUGAUCGGAUAGGCCGACGGCAGUCCCUUCUCAUCUGUCUCUCCAUCAACAGCGUCUUCUCCUUCUUCUCCUCCUUUGUCCAGGGCUACAGCACCUUUCUCUUCUGCCGACUACUUUCUGGUGUUGGGAUCGGUGGUUCCAUCCCCAUUGUGUUCUCCUACUACUCAGAGUUUCUGGCCCAGGAGAAACGUGGGGAGCACCUCAGUUGGCUCUGCAUGUUCUGGAUGAUUGGUGGCAUCUAUGCCUCAGCUAUGGCAUGGGCCAUCAUCCCACACUAUGGCUGGAGUUUCCAGAUGGGCUCUGCGUACCAGUUCCACAGCUGGCGUGUGUUCGUCCUGGUGUGUGCAUUUCCCUCUGUUGCGGCUAUUGCUUCUCUCACCACCAUGCCAGAAAGCCCGCGCUUCUUCUUAGAGAACGGAAAACACGACGAAGGCUGGAUGAUUCUGAAACAAGUUCACGACACCAACAUGAGAGCAAAGGGGCACCCAGAGAAGGUGUUUUCUGUCACCACCAUCAAGACUGUAAAGCAGAUGGACGAGCUGGUGGACAUGGGAGGAGACAUAUCAACUUUGCGACGCUAUAAAUUGAAGCUGGCCAGCCUAUUCCACCAGGUGCGGAGUAACUUCUUGGCCAUCUUCAAUCCAGAAUACAGAAGGACCACGUUCAUGAUGAUGGCUGUCUGGUUUACCAUGUCGUUCAGCUACUAUGGGCUGACAGUGUGGUUCCCUGACAUGAUCAAGUACAUCCAGAAGCAGGACUAUGCCUCGCGCACCAAGUUCUUCUCCAAGGAGCGAGUGGAGCAUGUCACUUUUAACUUCACCUUGGAGAACCAAGUGCACCGCCAAGGACAGUACUUCAACGACAAGUUCAUCAACCUUAAGAUGAAGUCCAUGGUGUUUGAGGACUCUUUGUUUGAGGAGUGCUACUUUGAGGACAUCACCUCGAGCAGAAGCUUCUUCAGAAACUGCACCUUCAUCUCAACCCUCUUUUACAAUACAGACUUGUUCCAGAACAGAAUCAUCAACAGCAAACUGGUCAACAGCACCUUCCUACACAACAAGGAAGGCUGUCUGCUGGACUUCACUGAUGACAACAACGCCUACAUGAUCUACUUUGUCAGUUUCCUGGGCACAUUGGCCGUGUUACCCGGCAACAUUGUGUCAGCCCUGCUGAUGGACAAAAUUGGUCGUCUGAGGAUGCUGGCGGGAUCAAGUGUCAUAUCUUGUGUCAGCUGUUUCUUCCUGUCAUUCGGCAGUACCGAGUCGGGAAUGAUCGCCCUUUUAUGUCUCUUUGGCGGCAUCAGCAUAGCUUCCUGGAAUGCCCUGGAUGUGUUGACUGUGGAACUGUACCCCUCGGAUAAAAGGACCACUGCAUUUGGCUUCUUAAAUGCCCUUUGCAAGUUGGCUGCUGUCCUGGGCAUAAGCAUCUUCCAGUCAUUUGUAGGCAUCACCAAAGCUGUGCCCAUCUUGUUCGCUGCGGGUGCACUCGCUGCCGGGAGUUUCCUAGCACUAAAGCUGCCUGAAACACGGGGCCAGGUGCUGCAGUAGCACAAUUCACCACCAGAAGGCAGCAGAGUGUAGCUUCAGUGUAGCUUCAGUAGCCACAUUACAACCAGAGCCCAACCAACCGUACAAUCUCAGCCUUUAGCAAUCCAAUGUUGCUCAUUAAACACUAAAAAACAGACUGUCAUCAACAGUGUCACAACAGUCCCAGAUUACUGAGAAAAUCUAGCUGGCAUCUUGACCACAGCAUAAAAUAGCACAUUGGGUUUGCUUCUCAGAGAUUAGGCAGAUUAGACAGAAUGAAAUCCUGCCAACAAAGGUAUACAUUUAUAAACCACUGCCAAAGGAUACAAAGAUACUGCUUGAUAGCUACAAUGCCUAAUGGGGAUACUUCCCAACAAAAGAGAUCAAACAUCCAUACACCCUCAAUUCAUCAUAGCACCCAUAUCUGACCCUAAUACCAAAUAAAAUGAGGUUAAAGAUGCCCUCCAACAGAUUUCCACAUGAAAAUGGCUUUCACUGUAACUUAGCUUUCCACUGAAUUUACAUAUCUUAAUGGCUUCCUCUGAAAGAGAAUAUUGCAGACAAUAUUUCCCUUACCAGGUGACAUGCACCAAGCUCCCUGCAUCAAAAUAAUGAUAUAGAUUAUGUGUUCAAACUUGGCAUUGAAACGAGUUAUUUUAUCAUAUAGAAAAUGGACUUGUACAUGUGUGUUGAAGAUAUAUUGCAAGAAAAUAAAUAAUGACAGGACAAAUAACUGGUAAAUAUUUAAGUUUAUUCAUUGAUGGUAAUUCGAAGGGAUCGGUUUUGUUGAUAUGCACAGACAAAAAAUGACAAUGUAUGUUUGUCCACAUCACAUUUACAUCAAGCAGUGAAAUAUAUGCCUAAAUAGCUAUAUGUUGUGUGCGUAUUAGGGAGAAAGAUGGAGAAAGUGUUGCAUCCUUCUGUAUGUUUUUGUCAUUGGUUCAAUGAGACUUCUGAGGAGCCUAUUCAUGUACAUUGAUCUCCAAUGAUAAAGUGCAUCAUUAUGGUUCUGUAAAGAUAUUGGAAAAACAGACAAAGAUGAGUAAAUAAGAUGAGAACCUAUUUAACACAUCAGUGGAGAUAUCCUUUCAUUUUGAAAGGCUAGAAUAUUGUUGCUUUCAAUGCGUCAACGAGUCCAGCGUUACAGCUCAUGCUUCCUGCGUCUCACAUAGGGGUCUUAUGCUCACUCUUCAUCAGCAUGUUUGACAUUCCAGUUAGCUACGGCCAACAUGUGCCCUCUGCUGUCUUUGAAGGACAUUACACCUAGGGGGACCAAAGUCAGUCGGUUCAGUCGUUAAACGAUGCAGUAUUAAUGAAGCACAAAUGAUUCCAUAUACACUGUUACUAAGCACAUUGUCCUUCGGUCAUGCAGCUCAUGGGAAUAGAACCAUAGCAACUAGUCACUCACAGAUUAAUUAGAAGGGCUCAAUUAAAUCCAAACUGUGUUGUGUUUUUCCACAGUACUAUAAAACACAAUUUUCUCUGUGAUAUGAAAUGUUCAAGUUAUUGUGCCCACCGUCCCGUCCCCCCUCCCUCUCGAAAAAUCCCCUCAAAGGUAGAUAGAUGCCUACAGUUUUCAGAAUAACAUGUGCGCAAGGGUAUGUACAUUGGCAAGGCAGGCUUGGUUGAAUCUAGCCCUAUGUCUUUAUUGAUUAUUAUGUGCUUUCCUGUCACCGUGUCCACGCCAUCCCUUCUAAUCUUUGUGUCACAAGUGUGGUGACAAUCAGUGAGAGAGCUGAUCUCGCCAUUGCUCAACUGUAGUGUGAGUGUGAUAUCGGACUGCAGGGCUAUUGGACUUGUUGAAUGUGUAGACUGCGGAAUUUCUCUGUUGCUGUGUGCUUGGUACAAUUGAGUGUCUGAUGUAGUGCUGGAUUUUAUUUAUUAGAAUCAGAUCUCUUUAGUGUUGCAUAUGUCUGUAUAUGACAUCUAUUGUUAUUUGUGUUUACCCAUAACUGACAAAUGUGUGUGUUUGAGUGAGUUUGCAAAAGAUACUUGUAAAAAUAAUGUGUUCAUGUUUGAGAGUGUAGAUUGAAUUUGUAAUCUCUGUUGUGCUCUCUCUCUCUCUCUCUCUCUCUCUCUCUCUCUCUCUCUCUCUCUCUCUCUCUCUCUCUCUCUCUCUCUCUCUCUCUCGCUCUCUCUCUCUCUCUCUCUCUCUCUCUCUGUGUUUGGGUGUGCGUGUGUGGGUGGGUGUGGUUGUGUGUGGGUGAGAGUGAAUGUGUGUGUGCGAGUGCCAAAUAUUUUUCUACUUCUGUUCUGGUGUUUUAAUCCCAAAGAACGAGCACAGGUCAAUAGGGGCCAAUAUAACAUAUCUAUGAACUAAAAGACUAAUACAAUAGAUAUCUAGAUCAAUGUGAUGUUCUUUAUAGUGUCAGCCUUGGGCACUCCUUUGCUGAUUAGGUCUCCGCCAAACAAAUGUUUGCCCCUGAAAACAGACAUUUUGUCUCUGUAAUUGCCUGACAGGUCGCAUGGUAAUCAUAACAUUUGUUCAAAGUAAAUUCAAAUGAAAAUGUGUUAGCAAUUGCAGAGUGGUUUUGGGAAGUGUCAAAAUCCCAGCCAUUCUCCCUUUAGAUAGAUGCUUGUUGUUUCCAGCAUAAGAAUCUGGACCCAAGUAUUAGACCCAUCAACCUUUAAACCUUUCUCUGUUCAUAUCUCUUUCAAAUCAAAGGUCCGUGUGGCAGGCUUGUGAAAGUAGCCCUCACAGUAAACAGGAUGUUAAGCAUGCUUGUGGUGUCUGAUCUCUUUGGCUGCCCUGUAUGUUUGUCCAAAGCAGGAGCUGCUUUUGUAUUGCUGUCUUAUGGUGACACUUUGGGUCUUUGUGUAACAGUAUCAGUUCUAUGAUUGCUUCUGAUCAGAGUGGGAUGACUUGGUGCAAGUUUACUCUGCGUCUUUUUUAAAGCAAAACAUUUCUGGUGAUCCUGUUACCUUCUUUGAAAUGGUUGUACUUCUCUCUGCUUUCAGUGGGGGUUCAAGUUCCAAGGAGAGCAGAAACCAAAGCAAUAAAAGGGACAUAUUUCUUAGUGAAUAGGCACAAGUAAGUAGGUAUUUCAAAAGGGCCGCCGUGUUUACGCCAAAAGAGCGCCUUUAGUCUAUUAAAGCUCAUGUCCACUUAAGAUGAAACUGCCGUUAUUGAAAUGUGACUUAAACAUCAACGUGCUAUCAUUGUACUGUGUGUAGAAACUGUAGAUUGUUUGUACGUAUGAGUGUAAAAUAUGUGGACAUGAAAAGAUCAAGGAAAACACUUUGACAAUACUAUCAACAUGACAGAACACUGUAUGAACACUGUAUGUUGUUUUUGUUUUGUAAAUUACAUAUAUUGAAAAAAAUACGUGAAUAUAUUCUUCAGUAAUCGCUCCCAUGGGAUGCUGAGAAUAUUUUACAGUGAUGCUGACCAGGUGCUGUGUGUAUUUAUUUUAUGUGAGAAUUGUUACUUAUGCUGGGAUUCACACUUGUGGACCAUUUGUCUAUCCAGUUCUAUGAAGAAAAUAAAUUACUACUAUGGAUAUAAAACAAAGUC